CGCCUCCGCUGACGUCGAGCUUACAACAGCGUCAUGGUCGCCCGAAGUUCCAGCUCCUCCCCCGAGCCCGCUACGAAUAAUCGGGCGCAGACACAGCCUAAAGCGAAGCAGGACACCGACGCCGACGCCGACGCCGACGCCAAGGUCACCGUCACCGAGCCCACCCCCGACGCCUCCCUACCACCGCCUCCCGUCCCCGUCAAGGCCCAGCAAGGAAAGGCUCCGGCCAGGCCCCCGCCCCGACCGCUGGAACGUCGGUCCAACUUUGACCUCGAGCCCAAUCCCUUCGAGCAGUCCUUUUCCGUCUCGUCCAGGCACAGCGCCUCGUCGCUCCGCACCCAGUCGCAUCCGUCGUCCGAUCGCCAGCAAUCGCUGGGUCCAUCCACCCGCGACUCGACCUCGUCGCAGUCCACCAACGCGGCCCGCCCCAACUCGCCCUCGCAUCAGGCCGGUAAAGAUGGCAACACCGAGAAGCGGUCGACUUCGCCCAAGCCCAUGCUCCCGCCGUUGGCGUCCAUCAACAGCCCCGCGGAGUCGUACAACUGGUUCUCGGCCGCCUCCUUCGCCAACUCUUUGCGGUCGGGGCCCUUAUCGCCCGCCAUGCUCGCCGGUCCUCAGUCGGGCACGCAGCAGGACUCCACCACCCACGUCCCCUUCGACCCCGCUACGUUCCGCACCGGUCUCACUCCUCGUACAGGUUUAACACCCGGGACGGGUCUCACCCCCCUUCUCGGGGGUCCACUCAGUUUCCCACCACCUUCUCCGAACACGGCAGCCUUCUUGGGUCUCGUUCAAGGAGGAGGUCAAGCCAACGGCACGAACGCAGCGACCAUCACGCCCAACACCCUCAGCGCCAUCACCGGCGUUCUCGCCGCCAGCAGCGCCCAGAAUUCGAACAAUGCUCAGGCUCCGAGCCUCGCCAACCAGCUGUCCUAUCAACAGCAGGCGCAGAUGCAGCACGUACCCCUGUCUCAGGAAGGCUACGCCGGCCAAGGCGACUACGACGACCCCAACGGGCAGAACUACGCGCAGAUGACCAACGCGGCCAAUACGGCCGCGAACGGCCUUUUCUUGCUCAGCCAGGCUCAUCAAGAGUUGACCAAACGGGAAGAGGCGCAGCGGCACAUGAACGCUCAAAAUACUGCUGCUAACAACAAGCGGGGAACCAAGCGCAAGUCCUACGACGUCGCCCCAACCCCCAACGAGCAAGCUGUUCAUACUGCGACCAAGGGCAAACGCACACGCUCGAACACGACCUCUUCUCGCGGCAAACGCGGGGUUAGCACGGGUGCAUCCGACGAAGACGACGACGACGACGACGAUAUGGACGGCGCGGACCAGCAGUCGCUGUCGCCAAGUGGGACGGGCAAAAACGGACGACAGAAGAAGCCCGAGACGGAGGAGGAGAAGCGGAAGAACUUCCUGGAGCGCAACCGACAGGCGGCGCUCAAGUGUAGGCAACGCAAGAAGGCCUGGUUGGCCCAGUUGCAGGCCAAGGUCGAAUUCCUCACGAACGAGAACGAGCGGUUGACGAGCGCACUGGUGUCAUCACGAGAGGAGAUUGCGCGAUUAACGGCGCUUGUGAACGCUGGCCACCCCCACGCGGCCGCGACUUCGGCGAACACGGUGCCGGUCGUUCCGGUCGCGACGAGCAACGGGCCCCCGGUGAGCGUGAACGUGAGCAUGGCGCCGGCGAGCGCGAAGACCGCGACGGUGGGCGGAGGGAGCAGAGGUUACGGGUACUGAUCAUCGAUCAUGCGCCUUAUCCGACCGUUGGACCCCGUGCCCCGUGCUUGUUCGCGUAUACCCACCACCUCCUCCUCCCUCGUCCUGCAUUCAAUUCACGACACCGCGACGUCGCUGCACCCGGAGAUAUCCGUGCAUCGGUUUCGCGAAGAUCAUCCAUCAUUCACGAGCGCGCAAGACUGUUGUUGUUGUUGUUCUUGUAUCAAACUCGCCCACCUAGGUCCCUCACUCCCUGCCUGAGCCGCCGCCGCUGCUCACGAAGAAAGUACUUACAUCGCCUUUUAUCUAUCAUUAUGCUGCUGCGAUACACGACGCACUCUGGGUUAGCAUACAGCUUACCCUUUUCAUUUGUACAACGUCUUUACUCCUCGCCUAUCCCCUCUAUCACAACCUCACCGUCCACAGACUAUAUCUCCUAUCUCUUUGCCCCUCUGUCUCUUCGAGCAUGUCACGACUGUACACGAUCCCCCGUAUGUGUCUCUACUGCCCCCCAGUGCCGGUGUACACAUCCUUGUGUUGUUCGCCGUUUGUUGAUUUUUUUUCUUUUCUUUUUUUUUGAUACGUGCACAAACCAAUGUAACCCACGUAGUAGAAGC